AUGGAAUCUAAUGGAAAAUAUUUCAUUCAUAAAGAUGAUAAUAAUUUAGUACAAGGUUUUACAGCAUUUAAUUUGUGCAAAAUAAUUUUUACUGUUAAACAACUAUCUAUUCAAUCAUAUUCAGUUAUAGCUAAUUUAAAUAAACUUGCACUUGAUCAUAAUAAUAAUUUAUUUAAUUCAAUUGAAUUACUUCAAUCGAAUUAUGCAAAUAUUUUAUUGACAUAA